CCGCUCCAGGAGAGCACCGAGCUCCGCAGUCAGACAUCGCGUGUGUGACAGCUCGUACAUCAACAUAGAGUAGCAAGCAAGACAGAGAGCAAUAGACGGGAGUGAAACAGAGAGGGGCUGGAGAUUAUUGUGCAAAAAAAAACGCAGGCAACAAGAAGAAAGUUUCGGUUUGGGUGAAAAUCUGCGCCUUUAAAGAUUUUGGAGUCGCGAUUCUGCCGGACAAUCUGCCCGCGGAACGGCCCAGCGGUAGACCGCGGUGUCCGGGGAUCAGGAAGAAUUCGUUCCUCGCGCGUGUGUGUUUGUGAGUGCGCGGAUGUAUGUGCCAGGGGAAAGAAGGUUCCAGUGGGUUCAAUAAUCAAAAUAAAUUGUGUGUUUUUAUAGCAUUUCAUUGCGGAGUUUUGGGCGAGAGGGAAAAGGGGGCCACAAACCUCGCAAUAAAAGUGAUAUUUGCAAUCAAGAGGAAGAGGGUUUUCAACGAGAAUCGAACCCUAGAAGUGAAGCAAAUCAGCGAAGACGACGUGUGCAGCAUAGUAAUAAACACGACUAAGAAGAAGAAGUAAAGUGUGCUGAAAGGAAGGAACCGCAAGAGAAGUGAGGGAGUGGGGGUCGAGUGAUAUCAAAGACUCUUCAAGGAGGACGAGGUUUUGUGUCGAUUGUCCAGAAGCCGAACAUCGUGCCGCUGUCUCGUCAUCAUCGUCUUCAUCAACAACAACUGAGGAUUGACAUUCAAGUUGUGCGAAGAUGCGGUUACCGCGCCACUAAAAAGGUUGCUUAACUGCGUCGCGCAGUCGACACAUCAACAGAGGAGACUACUACCCCAACAGAGAGAAACGCCGCGUAACUCAUCAUGCCGCUGCCGAAGCGCCUCGUCCAGCCGGUGUACGUGGCCCGGUCCGUGUACGUCCGGGAGGAGCUUCCGGCCGAGCUGGAGACGGUCACCAACACGACGCUGACGAACAUCGUGCGGCAGUUGUCGUCGCUGUCGAAGCACGCCGAAGAUCUGUUCGGGGAGCUGACGCGGGACGCCGGCAAUCUGGCCGAACGGGCCAACUCGCUGCAGGCGCGAAUCGACCGGCUCGCCAUCAAGGUGACGCAGCUGGACAGUACGGUGGAGGAGGUCUCGCUGCAGGACAUUCAGCUGAAGAAGGCGUUCAAAAGUGCCACCAUGUUCGACCAGCAGAUCUUCUCGCGGGCCACGAUGCCGACGGCGAUGCUGGAGGUGUAUCAGGCCUGCGACAAGCCGCCCCCGCUGGACAAGCUCAACUGCUACCGGGACGACGGCAAGGACGGGCUCAAGUUCUACACCGACCCGAACUACUUCUUCGAGCUGUGGCGACAGGAGAUGCUGAAGGACACCGAGCGGGUGAUGCACGACCGUGGCAAGAAGGUGCACAAGCCGCGUGACGGCGCCGGUGGCGUCGAGGGCGGAGGACGCCAGAAGAAGCGACCGCGGGCACCGCACAAUACGCGCGAAAAGCAACGCCAACGGGCGAUCGGCCACGGCGAAACGCUCAUGCCGAACAACGUGAUCUACCGAACGCCAAAUGCGAUCGCGCAAGCCAACGAGGAAGCCAUCUACAACAGCACCAUGGGCGGCAACAUCAUCUACGACUCGCGGAACUCGAUGGCGGCCCGGCCAAACUCGAUCGAACUGCGACGAAGUUACCAACCGGAAACGCAGGUCGACGGCGGAGGUUACGCCCCGCCCUCGCCCCACUACCAGCAGCAGCAAAUGAUGCAGGGCGCCAACAGCUACCAGCAACAGCAGCAGCAACAACCAAUCUACGACGAGUACAACGGCCAGCCCAUGUACGGUACCGCCAACUCGAGCCAAAUGUCCCAGGAAAGCCUGUACGCGCCGGGAACCCCAUCCCGGUCGAAAUCGCGACCAUCGCAGCCUCCGCCGGCGCCUCCCUCGACGGGAAGCGGCGGAGGCACGCCAAACGCAUCGAACGCCAACACUCCCACCCGUGGCCGAAGUAUGUCGACGGGUCGGGACAAUCUGCCACCGCCGCCACCCAUCCCCGAGGGCAUGCAGUCACCGCCGCACCUCCCGAACGGUGGCGUCGCCGCCAAGCUCCUGAUCAACCGAAGCAACUCGCGGUCCGGAUCGCCCCAGCUCGGGGCCAACGGGCAGCCGGCACUGCCCCAACUGCCGCCCCAGCACCAGCAGCAGCAGCAGCCCGUCAUCGACCAGAACCAAAUCGCGCUGGCCCAGCUCAACCAGCAGAUCAACAAUCUGAACAACCUCAACUUGCAGCUGAACCAGAUCUCGAUGAACGACCUGCCCCCGCCGCCGCCGAUCCCGGAACAGCUAUCACCGAAGCAGUCCCCGCCGAACGUGGCCCCACCGCCACCUCCGCCGCCACCCCCACUGCUGGACGGCCCGCUGAGCCCCUCGAAACCUCCGCUGGCGAACGGCGAUGUCAUGAGCGGCGGCAUGCCCAACGGUAACCUCAUCAUGGGCCAGAUGCACCAGCUGAAGAAGAUCCCGCCGCAGGAGAAGAUCGCGUACGAGGACCCGCGGUCCGACCUGAUGAAGGCCAUCCGCGAUGGAAUCAAGCUGCGCAAAGUGGAGCAGCGGAACGACGCCAAGGAGAAUGACCGCACGAUCGAGCGGUUGCACGACGUGGCCUCGAUUCUGGCGCGGCGCGUCGCCAUCGAGCUGAGCGAGUCGUCCGACUCGGAGAGCGACGACGACAGCGAGGGCUGGAUGGAGAACGAAACGUCCGCAUGACAGCACGAGGGGGCCGCCGCCGGAGGCGCAAGUGCCGGUGGCGCCACGAUCGUGGCCGGUGGCGGCAAGAAGAAGUAAGCGGCGAGCGGCGCGUGGUAGAGCACAGUGUAAACGAUAAGGAAGUCAUGCGAAGUCGCGCGAUAAGGGUCUCCUGCUGAAGGGGAGGGAGGGAGGAAGGUAAUCCAAGUUUUGUAACCAUUUUUGAUUCGUGAACACUUUCGGCAAACGCGAAUAGAGCUGUGCACAAAAGGGGAAAACCGAAAGUAAUUUGGUUUGGAUAACACGAUGAGGGGGAUUCGCGCCGUGGAACGGGGUGAUAUUUGGGGAGAAAACGAACAGAAGAGAUGUGUAUUUUUAUUGUAAUUACUAAGUUAUUUAUUUACAUAAAAGGGCGUAACCGGGAAAACGCGAGCGAACGAAAUAGAAAAGUGAGUUACGAGAAAAAAGAAAAGGAGUUAUUUUUACCUUUGAAUCUUUAUUUUGUACAGUUUUCAUUUUCGACUCUUCUUUAGGUUAGUCAGGUGUAAAGUACGCGCGAGAAGGCAAAUAAAGUUGGCGAGAAAGCGAGUGAAAAGAAUCAAAACUAUUUCAAAGCUGUCAACAACAGCAAAGCAGUAGCGCUGUGUAAUUUGAACUUUGAAAGUGCAUUUUCGUAGAUUUUUUUUAAGCGGAACCUACUCCCCAUAGAGAGCAGCAGAGCAGUUGCACCACAAAGCGCUAGAUUCAAACUUGUUGCUGCGUGGCUUAUGUUUCAAAGUUGUCCAUAAAAAAAUCCUACAAGGUUGUUGUGAGUUAAAGGAAUUAUCAUUGAGAAAAAUGCUGAAAUUUUCAUUAAAAUGAAGGGGUUUGCUUAAAAAAAUCAAGCAUUUUUUUUUCGCCAGUAAUGCCGUUGCAAAUAUUUUUCAAAGUGAAUGAAAUGUUUGGCCCGUUUUAGUCGCCAAAUAGUCUGUUUUGGUGUAUAUUUUCUAAAAACUGUCUUGAAGUGUGCUAGAAAUUGCUUCAUUUUGACAUUCUUCACUCUAGUUGCAAUGUCUAAUAACAAUCUUGUGAAACAUUCAAACAUGAUGUAACCGGAAAUUUCGUUCAGAACAGUAUUCCUGAGAGAAGGUCAUUAGGAAAAGAACUUAUGUAAUAAUCAAAAUUUCAAACUUUCAAUAUUAAAAAACAGCAAAUCAAAAAAUUAAAUUGAAAAAUUGUCCUCGCCAAAAUUUCUCGUCAUAUUAUAAAAUCUUCAGAUAUUAAAAUAACGAAAUAUUUAUAUUUAUCAAAAUUUGCACCUCAGACCAGAAAUAUUACCUCAAAAAUAUUCUAAGGUAAUCUGGUUUUGUUUUAUCUAAGAUGGUGGCCAAAAUGGCGACACUGGGGUUCUGCAAUUUUUUUUGUAAUGUAUCAGGCAAACAAAAUGUAAAAUUUCACCUCAAAAAUAAAAUUUAGCAAAAAAAAAGUGUUCAUUAUCUGAAGUCUAUACGAAGUCUUCGGAUGUUGUUUUAAAGAUUUCGGCUUCAGAAUAAUUUAUAUUUUAAAGAUUUUUAGUAUUGAGUUCAACUUAUUAGGUAUAUUUCUAGAGUUUUUUUAAAGGUCCUAUAAACAUAUGAAACAAAAUAGCUAAUAGGAACUUUAAAAAUAAAUCUAGAUUAAAUCUAGAUAAAUCGAAACGUUGGAUAAUCGGGGUUUCGGAAAAUCAAGGUCGGACUGUAUAAAAAAAAACUUUUUAGAUUUUUGAAAAUUCAUUUUUUUAAAGCAUUGAAGUUUUGAGUUGAACUUUGUUAUAUGGGUAAAUUUUAAAUUUUAGAAUAUUUGAAUUAUUUUUUAUUUGGUUUUGAACUUGGAAAUUUUCCAGUUUUUCUAAUUUUCAAAUUAUUUAAAUUUAAAAAAUCUGAAUGUUUUGAUUUUUUUAAUUUAUUAAUUCACAAUUUUCUAAAAAGCAACCAUUUAAAAAAAAUCAAAAUUUUUCUCCUCUUUUGAAUGAUCUUUAAAACAAAUUUCUCAAAAUGAUUAGAUUUGAGUAUCUUGCUUUUUCGUAUGGUGGCAUUUUACAUUUUUGAUUUUGCAUACCUACAUAAAACUGAGUUACAAAUGAUGUUUAUUUUCUGUGACAUAGCAGCCUUUCCUCAAUCAGGAAAGGACAUUUAAAUUUUAAAACGCAAAUUAAUAGAUGACUUAAUUUUCUGCAAUUUUAUGACAUCAAAUUUAGAUUAUUGAAUAUCUGGGCAAUAUCUGAAAAAAAAACUGCAGGCAAAUUUUGUUGAAAUUCUCUUUAAAAAACACGAUAUUUCCGACUUAAUUUUUCCAUUUUUUAUGAACACUUUUUGAUCGUGGAUCGGAUUUUUUUAAUCAAACAUUCAAAGUUUUGCAUUCUUUUGGCAGCAGCAUUGGCAUAUUAUUGCUUUUUUUCAAUUUUAAUAUUCGACUUUUCAAGUCUUGACUCGGAAAUAAUACGUUCACUAACAGCAACCUUAUCCCGUACUAAAAUUAAGAAAAGAGAACACCACACCACAAUUCCGUAGAAAACUCCUCCCCCAAAUAGCCCAGUUUAGCGGAUAACCAUUAGAUGUUAUGCAAGUUUAAAAUCGGUCAAAGACUCAUUAACAAAAAAAAAGAUAACAAUAUUUCGCCUCAAAAGAAAGAAAACCAUUUAGAAGAAAAAAAAAUCAAUAGAAACCCAUUCGAAAUGGAUGUUAAAGGCUCAACCUUUUGGCGAAUCAUUUGCUAGUUUAGUGGGUAGGAAACAAUAGACAAAAAGAGGAAAACAAAACAACCUUAAAUUCACAACAAUCGACAAACUUUGCUUCCCUGGCAAAAACUCUCGUCAGCACCCUAUCUUUCCACCAAAUCCUUUCGUCGCGUCGCGUUGGCUAUCACUUUCCCACUAUCUCUUAUCGUGAGCGCGCCCUAACUUGCUUUUCUCAGCUGUUGCAAUUUUAUGUGAGAUCGCUGUUAAAGUUGGUGUGCACGCUUGAUUGUUCCCUUAAAAUUUUGCCAGCCUAUAUUCUUUCUUGCUUCGCUCUUCUCUUCUCUCACACACAAACACAACAUCAACUCGAUAUUACCUAACUUUAACUCGGAAAUGAAUGAAAAAAAAAAUGGAAACAAAGAAGAACGUGUUGCAUCAAAUGCUUUUUUUGGACGAAAUAUUAUGUAUUAGAAAAUUAUUGAAUAAACACACACACAAAAAGACUCAUCGAAAUCGCUAAGCUAGAGGUAAAUUCCAUUUCUCUGAGAGUUGCAAAACAAGAUUUCAGACUGCCAGUUUCGUUCGUUCUACUUGGCGCGCGCAGUUACUAUCUCACAUACUCAUUCUUCAUCACAGACAGGCACACACACACCGAACAAUAGCUAAUCGAAUACCAAAAUUAUUUAUAGCGAAACAAAAACAAAACACUGGAAAAGUAUAAUCAAAGAACAUGGACACGCGAACUCUUACUAAAGACACUCACACAGAAUAAUGUACUAAUCGAUAGAUAGAGAGACAACACUAACGAAAAGAAAAAAAAACAAGAACAUUCUUCCAGCAAAGCAGCAAAUACCAUUUAAACAGUAAAAGUUGUUUUAUUUACAAUAUCCCAUCAUCAAGGCAGAAUCAAUAGUAGGAAAAAAGCAGUUACAUUUAAAAGUGAACAAACAUAGCGAAAUUAAAAGGAAACGUAAAACAAAUAUGUUCAACUUUGUAGUAGCGAAAACAAAAGAAUAAACAAAACACAGACAGCAAACACAACCACUAGAUGUAAUAAGAACUCAAUAAAUUUGCCAACGUAAGCUUUUUGUACGCAUGAUGAUGAAAAACAUAUUUCGAAUAUAAACACAUAUAAAUGGGUCAAACAAACAAAAAAAAACACGCAGUCAAUAUUCGAAACUAGG